UAAAUAUAUUAAUUAUGGAAUCUUGGAGCCUGCACACUACCAAAUUCCAAUGUGUUAGUUUCUUUAUCAUCCUUUUCCCUCUCACUACCCUAACGCAGCCGACAUACUUUGGAAAACCCGACCCAACAAAUAUUCGGUCCCUAACUCAACUCUGAAGCCGCUCCAUUCCCAGAUAUUGUAAUUCACUGCUUUCAAAAGCAUCGAAAUGUCAACUGGCCCUGGGCUCGAGUCUCUUGUAGAUCAGACUAUCUCGGUCAUUACCAAUGACGGACGUAACAUAGUGGGAGUUUUAAAAGGCUUUGAUCAGGCUACAAAUAUCAUUCUCGAUGAAUCUCAUGAACGCGUAUACUCCACCAAGAAAAGGGUAUGUGUUCAACACGGAUAUGCUAAUAAAUUUAAAAUUUCUACAUAUAUUUGGAGGAUAUGCUUGGGAAGGUGUUCAGCAACUUGUGUUGGGCUUGUACAUAAUAAGAGGUGACAACAUAAGUGUUGUUGGUGAACUGGAUGAAGAGCUGGAUUCUGCACUCGACUUGUCGAACCUGAGAGCACAUCCUUUGAAGCCAGUUAUCCAUUGAUUGAACUGCUAAAAGUUGUAGAGUUAUUUUUAAGGACAGCUUGUUGGAUUAAAUACCUUAAAAGAACCGAAAUGUAAUGAAUGAUAAUAUCAAUGUGUAUUAAGUUUUGGAUGCA